GUCCGUUCACAUCUCCUGGAUAGCCUAGUUACCAUUUUAAUCACGUCGGAAGCGGUGCGGCGGCUUCGUGACUCGGACCUUUCGAAAUUUCCUUGGGGAAAAGUGCGUGAAAGUGCGACGACGCAACCGAACGAACGAACGAACGAACGGUCCUUACAGACACGAGAGACUCUGUGCUACUGACAUCCUUGUUGUUUCCCGUCGAAGGACUUAUCCACGACCGACGCCUCGAUCCCGUGUUUUGUUUUGUCACCUCGAAAUCUUCCAGACACAGAGACGCCGUCGACUGAUCGGUGUCGUCGAUGCCACGAAGACGCGAGAAUGAUUUAAUCUGCAUCCGAUAGAACGGCCGAUUGGAACUGCACAGGCUGAGACCUGAGCUGACGAGAUGGAGAAACGGACUUCGGUCUUUAAACCUCAUUAAUUAAACACCGAGCGGCAGUGGAAAUCGAGUGGAUCGGGGGCUACGGACAGGCUGAAUGAUCAGUCGGUGUCGUUUCUUUAGUAGCUUGUGAUGCUUUCUCAGUGAUUGGUUUCUGCGUCUGAUUUGUGGAACAUGACAGGCGGACUGUAAGAAUCGAAGGCUGAAAAGUUUCCUUUUUCGAUAGACAGGACGGUUGAUAAUUCUCUGUACAAUUGUUGGGAGAGAAGCGACAGGAACGGAAAUAAAUCAUUUUACUGCCAGAAGAGUCAAAGUUACUCGUCCGUAUACAUUUCUUUUUCGGAAAUAACCAGCGAACGUGGGCGCGGUAUAAAAAUCGUGCAAAGUAAAGUCCAGAAUAGCAACACCGGGAAGAUCGCGAUGCGCUUUCUCGAUCUCGCGAGAUCCGAAUCAACGUCCUCCGCAAUCAACAAUCGAGCCUUUAUCUACUGUAUCAGAUAAGGAAGCAAAGCGUCCGUCGAUCGUUGCUCAGAAAUCAGUCAUCGACUGCUCGCCAGUGCCGGACAGGUGUUUCGAGAAUAUAUCGAGUGUCGGGUCGAUCGUUCCGGGUUCCUGUAGUGUUCCAACGAAAUCCCGCUGAGUUUAAUCCGGCAGGAUAAAAAAGAACGGCGUCAACGCUUCGACACGAGGGAGAAAAGAAAUGGAACUCGUGGGCGGCAAAGGCGGACGAACCCUCCGUAUCCAUCAGCAGUAAUUAAACGCACGGUGACACGGUGCACCGCGAUCGAUACGCAUCGAUCUCGAAGCGUUCAGUGAGCGGAAGAAUGAUCACGUCGCCAGGCAUCAGCAUACUCGCGGCGGGCGUCGCUUCCGGGAUCUGCUUUUUCCUUCUGAGCAGCAUCCUCAAGGGAAAGUCAGGGGGCUCGAAGGAAGAAGGGGCGAGGCAGAUACCAGUCGAUGAAAAUCGUUGCGCGUGCUGUCUGAAGCCGUUCGUGCUGACUCGCGGGGUCCGUUGCGAGGAUUGCGGCGCGAGGUCCUGCAGGAAAGGCUGCUGUCGCUGGAACAACACUGACAAAUCCUGGCGUUGCAUCUUCUGUCGUCAGCAAAGGCACUGGUUAAAUAAAACCGAGGCUGCCAACGGAUCGAUCGAGGAGAAGGAUCUACACCGAUACUUCAAUACGGCUAAAUCACGGGUCUACGUUGCAGGAGUGGAAAAUGCAGCUGCCAGCUCGGGCCUGGCUGCGGCCCGUCCGAAAGAAGAGGCGAACGCGAUGGAAACCGUCCGUGACUUCAUUGAAAAGAUCGUGGAAGGCCUGAUCGGAAAGGUGGACAACGCGUCGAUCGGCCGGCUGUACGAUCAUCCAGCAUAUAACAAGCUUUUGGAAAAGCAUGUUGUACCGUUGGUCGACGCUCUCACUCGUAUGGCCAUGGUUCUGCGAUUGUCUUUGUCAAACAAACCGAGCGCGGAUUCGCCAUCGAUGGCGCACACAGCGCUACGCGAGAUCGUGGAGCGCGCUGUGGACGAGGCCCGGAAAUUGCCAGGUCUGGGCAGCUCCAACGAAACCGGAAGUGCUCGCGAGGACCGGAACAUCGUGGACCACAGCUACGAGGAUCUGCUGGCGACGGCGAUCCUGAACAAGGUCAUCGAGAAGUAUCAAAAGGAACAGGUGGACGGUAAUAGCAACGUUCUCCACGAGAAACCGGUGACAGCGGCCAAGUGUGCGAUAAACGAGAUCGAGGCGGGUCUCGACGAAGGUGUCGAGGAAGGAUGCAGCAGCCUCGAACCUUUGUCCCAGGACGAGUGCAGCAGCGACUGCAGCGCGUCCUGCUCCAGACACCUGAGAAAUCAACCGGAACCAUUAUCCCUUACGAUAGAGGAGCGGAUCGAGGAGGUGACCACGGUGUACACGUCCGACGAGGAUCCUCGAGAUAACGAUGUCCUGGCCAUUAGGAACACUCAUCGAGUGCCAUUUCCGGAACUCGGGAUGGACAUUAUCGAUCCUUCCCAGGAGUCCGAGGACAGUCAAGACGAGGUAGACACACCCACGACGCACAUGGGUCUGGUAUCCCCCAUAGAAUCAUGGGAAGAGAAUUGGCUGUUCCAAAAGAAGAGGGUCCAAACCCAAGCGGACCCGGUCGCCAUGUUGGUACCGAACCCGAGCGCCGACUACAAGGUCCUGAUCGGUGACAAGGACGCGGAGGACACUUCCGAUUUGUCCGAGUGUUCCUCGGCGCAGUCCGACGAAGAAAUCGAAAAGGAAUUAAUGGAGGCCAUAAACAACGUGGUGCCACGGACUCCCACGGAUCUGGUAUUCGAAAACGGCUUCGGCAACCACGCGAAGGACGUCGCCAAGAUCGAAGAAACGGGAAAGACUGAUCCUGAAGCGUUUCUAAAUUACAAGGUGAAGAAUAGAAUCGUUGAACACGAAGUCAAGGAAGCAACGGACGAUGUAAAGGCAACCUUGAGAACCGUGGACGAAGCCAAAGAAGUUGAGAAGGAAGUUGGAACUUCAGAGAAAGUCGGGGCGAAACCAGUUCCAGAGUCCGCGAGCGCUGUCGAUGAUAAUCCGAAGAUCGGGGUGGAAUGUCGAUCGGCUACCGAAGAAUUCGAGGAAAAAGUGGAGGGAGGUGUUCAGAAUUUCAACGAUUCGACGAACGGAGCUUCAUUGGAACUGAAAGAAAUCAAACAGAACGAUCCGUCGAUUCGCAAUGGUUUGGAAGAAAAAGUUCCAUGCGUGCGAAAGACGCCCGCGAGCACGCCGGCUUCCGAAGAGGAAGUCAACAUGGAGAGCAUUGCUAACGUAGAAACGUUCACCAUGAAGGAGGAGCAUGCCCUGGAUUCGAUGGAGUGUGCUAAGAAAUUGAUUGACGUUGACGGGGGCGCUCUGGAAACGUUCGGGGAGGAGGAAAAGUCCGAUGAGCAGAGAAACGACUUUCACGCAGAAGAUAUUCAACAGGAGAGCGAGUACACCGAGCAUUACGACACGGCGACGCAAAGACACUUGGACAGUUUAACAAAAACUGAGAUUCCUGUCGCGGAAAAUGGGUCGACCGACGUUGAAGCAGAUCAUCAAUUACCAGGGGACGAGUACAGCAGGUGCCGAGAGGCUGUGGCUCUCGCCAAGGCUAGCUCGGCUUCGAGAUUGUUCCUGCGGAACGAGAAGGAGCAAACGCAGCUGGCAACUCCUCCCAGACCAGGCACGAUAGCCGAACGGGAGCACAAGAAGUGGGAAAAUGCUCCGCCAAUCGAGAACAACCCUUACAGCCAGGAGAAUAUCCAGAAGAGGUUGUGGGACAGGCAAUACUCGAGAAGACCGUCCGAUAUUCCUGGAAUCCACGCCGAAUUGCCGAAGAGCAACGGGACGGAUUUGGAAGUGGUUCUGACACCCCAAGAACCGGACAUCAAAAGGUUCGGCAGGGACUAUUACAUCAACGACUCGCGGUCGUCGAUGAACGAGAAAGGGCGAAGAUCGGCCGCAUCUACCCUGAGCAGACCCAGCAGCUCGCUGUCCCAUGGAUCGAGCUCGACGGGGCCCGAUCAGGAACAACAGGAGGACGCGCAGUACAAGGAGACCGAGUACCUCAUGAACAAGAGCAACGACGUGAAAUCGAAGGUGGCGAAGUGGCAGAGGAACAACAGCCUGGACCACAAGUACCAAACCUCGCGGAACGACGAUGACGCGAUCGAGAUUGAGAGAACCAAAGCAACGAAUGGUCAGAAAACCUGGGAGGUUCAGAAAAUAGAGGAGAUGCUGGAGAACGAGAGAAAGAACAGUAAGAACGAGAUCAACGCGAAGUUGAACAACCAGGAGAAUUACGAAACAAUCGAGACGAAGAAAACGAACUCGGAGGAUAAUCAGAGGAAGAUCAAGAGGAUCGAUUUGAAAGCGUACGGCUUCGAGAACGAGUUCCGUGCGAACAAGGCCACGAAGACGUCUAGCCCCCGAGUGGUCAACAAACUAGACUUGAAGUCUUUCGGCUACGACGGUGGGAUCCGGCGAACUCGGUCCAAUAUUCAUCUGAACAUCGCGAGCGACGACUUCAAGCCGAGGCUCGCUAAUAAGUCGAACUUGUCGCGUCGCAACGGUUACGGAAACGACGAAGACGUGAUACAGGCUCUGGCAUCCGGAGACAAUAACCUGACCCAGAGCACGGAAGCUCUGAACGAGCUCCGGGACGAACCGUACAACGGCUUCGGAUUGAAGUCCGCCAAGUCGGUGCCGAAUAUCGCCAGAUGUUUCUCGAACAAUAGCAGCAAUCAGGAAGACGAAGAGGUCGAGAGCUACAAUCAAAAUUCGUACUCGGAGUUGGAAACUAUUAAGAACGGGUCUGUCAGGAGUCUGGCCAGCAGUAACAGCUUGGACAAGAGCAACGCGAAGAGCAGCGUGUCCUCCGUCGACGAAUCGGAGAUCGAUACAGAUAAUUGCUCCGAAAAGGAGCAAAGCCAGUCUGCGACUAAUGGGAACAAGAUUUCCAGUGAUGGAAACGUUGAAAGCAAGGUGUUGCCGCUGCCGUCUGUUAGGAGAUUGGCGCAGGCAUUUAACAAACAGGCGGAGUCUGCUCCUGCGCCCGUUUCGAAGGUAAAUAAAACGACCACCGUGAACAAGGACAGAUCAUCGACGCCAGAAAUACAAAUAGUGGAAACUCCGAGGCAGAUGCACAGUUUGACGGCCAGAUCCCUUUCGAAACAAUUUCGAGAGGGCCUGCGGCAGAUUCCCAACAAAGUGACCUCCCCUCCGGCUAGUCAUGUGACCAUGGAACAGACCAACAUACCAGAAAAUCAAACGGAAGUGGUCCCGGCGAAGUGUGAAACCGUGACCAGCGACACGAAAGUCAUUUUGCCGGGAAAGCUGAAGUCGAACAUCAUAUUCUGGGAACAGAUGCAGAAGAAGAGUUGAAUUGCUCGCGAGUCCAGCAAAGUGUAUCCGUAGACGUGUCAGGAAUCGUAAUUAAUUCGUAAACGCUCUACUGAUGAAAUGGAUAAGCCGAGGAAAUUAAAUUAAGACGCGGAAGAAAUCCAGUCGAGGAUCUGGAUGGAUUCGCAUAUUUUCUUUGAUGUUUUAUAGACAACCCGCGAGAAGCUUUUGAAAGCGUAUAACACGGAUUGGCACGCUUGUUGCGAACGCAAGCGUGUGCAACACCGUUCGAGACGGAGUCAAUUAACUAUGCGAAACAAUGCCACGAUCGAUGGAUUAGUUUCCCUAGUGUGACAACAAAGGUAAAAAUCAUUUCGCGUCUGUAACGCGGUGACGUUCGUGCCAAAUGAUACCCGCUCGCGAUUAGCCAAAGAAGAUAUGACAAGAUUUCUGCAUUGUAAAGCUGAAAUUCACAGUCGAAAUUCUGUCCACACUCUAUUUCUCUCUUCUCUUUUGAUCGACUUGUAUAUGAAAAUUGUUGAUGUAUAUAAAAAAAAAUAUGAAUAAUACAUGUUUCGACGUCUCCAAGUGAAUUUAUAUAAAUCUCUACUAGCAAGAAUUUAUAUAAAUCAUUUCGAAGGACAACUUGUAAAGGGACUAUAAUGUAUUCCUGUAUAUUAUUUAUUAUUUAUUAAUAUCGAAAUCUAUGUGUAUAUAACGUGUUAUUUUUCGGUGAACAGGGACAGUCCUUUAAUCGAAUAUCAAAAUUUUUAACGAUUUCUGUGUUGCCUGUACACUAAUCCUGUACUAUAUCGAUAUUAUAUAUAAAUAUAUUGUUUAUUAUUAAAAACACAA